CCUGCGUCACCGCGCCCCGCAAUGACGUCACCCCGCAGUGACGUCACCGCGCGCCGGCCCCGCCCGCCGUGAGGCCGCGGGGGCGCCGUGAGGGCUGCGGGCAAGAUGGCGGCGGCCGCGGCGCUGAGGGGCGGCGGGAGGGCGGUGAGCCGCGAGGUGUUGCAGCUGGAGGCGCGGGGGCUUUGCACGAAGCCGGUGGGCACCGGGACGGCGCCGCCACAGAAUGUAGUGGCACGACAGGGAAGCACCAAGCUGCUUGCCAUGAAGGCACCAGUUGAAUUUCGUAAAAUGUUGUCUUCUAGCUCUCUCCUGCUGUCUGCAGACAAAGGGGAGAGCACAUCUAGUACCAGCCUCAAGGAAGCUGCAAAACCUGCUGAAGACACGAGCAAGUCCAUGCCAAGGAAAACUGAAGUUGCGUUUCCUCAGCGAGGAGUUGUUUCCUCGCAUGAGGAGGAAAACCUCAGCACGCCUGCAAAAGGAGGAGGCCUGAGGAAGGAGUUAGCUGAUGAACAGACUUCAUCUUCAUCCAGCUCAGAGUCAGAUUCCAGCUCAGACUCUGAGGACGAAAAUGUGGAUUCAGAAGUUGCCAGUAAAACUAAGGUUGAGUUUCCCAGACGAGAUCCCAUGUUUUUUGAGAACAUAGCAGUAAAGGCAUCAAUGGUAGCAAAAGAGACAUUGUCCCAGAAACCCCUCAAAGAAUACGGAAUUAAAAAGCUGCCACGCAAACCAGAAAUUGACAUAUCUCCUGUAAAGCAGGUCAAAUUUUCUAAGACAUCAGUCAGCCAGGAAACUUCAAAAUCCAAAGCAAGAGACCUCAAAGUAAAAUCCACUUCAAAAGAGCCACGGGUGGUGAGAAGUCUGGACCUGAGCGAUCUCUCUCGUAAAUCUGAUCCUGUGGAGGAGAAGUCCCUUGGAACCCGCAGAGCAGCUAUUCAGCAGAAAGCCUCAGCAGGGACUCAGGAAGACAAAAAGCAAAGUCUGGCAUCCAGGGGAGAGAAGAAAGAAGUGAAGGAGGCACAGGAGCUGAAAGCAAAAGAAGCAACUUCUCCUAAAGUGGAAGAGACUUCUGGAAGCACAACAUUGGUGAUGGGCACCACAGCAAAGAAAGAGACCAUGCAGGAGGCAGGAGGCCAGGCUGGAGAAAGCAGCACAACAGAGGAGACCAGAGCUCAGCCUGCUCCGGAGGAGUUUGACAAUUCCACCUACAAGAACCUGCAGCACCACGAGUAUCACACUUACACCUUUCACGAUUAUGUCGCCGUCCUCGCCAAGUACAGGCAGCCUCAGCCUUCCUCUGGAAGACCGUCACCAAGGCACUGAGAGAACCACACAACAAACACCCAGGCAGGAUGAAUUGUUCUGUUUAGCACUGCUGCUUCAUCUGUGUAAUUGAAAUCAGAUAAUAAAUAAUAAAGGCAUAAUAACUUGAGCUUUUGAAAAGUU